CCCCUGUUUUGCUAAAAAAAAAAGUAAGCCCUCCCCGGCCCCGCCGCACGCACGACAACCCCACCCACCGGCCACCGCAAGGCGAGCGAGCAACCUACCGUCUCCGGCGCCGGCGGCAGGCGAGGAUGGGUCGGGAGAAGUCCCGGAGGCUCUCUGGCAGCCGAGAUUUCCGGCAGCGGCUGGUGCUGGCGACGCUGACCUCCACCCCCAUCACCAUGAAUGACAUCCGCGCCGGCGAGGGGGGCCUCCGCCCGCACGAGAUGUCCCUCCUCCGCCUCCUCGACAAGGUCUCGGACCAGCACGUCAUCGACGUCAACGACACAGGGACCAAGGUCGGGUACAAGCCCGGGGUGGUCAUCGGCGGGAAGGACCUGGAGCACGACUGCGGGGUGCACCGUGGGAUCGGCUACUUCAUCGAGCCGCUCCUUCUGCUCGGCCUCUUCGCCAGGUCGCCCUUGUCCGUUCGUCUCAAAGGAAUCACAAAUGAUACAAAGGACCCUUCUGUGGAUACUUUCCGGAUGGUUACGUUGCAUAUGCUCAAGCACUUUGGCGUUCCUCUUGAGGGGCUGGAGCUUAAAAUUGAAAGCCGGGGAGCUCCUCCUCGUGGUGGUGGUGAAGUGCUUCUCCGAGUUCCCAAUAUAAACAGUACAUUAAAGGCAGUUAAUUGGAUUGAUGAAGGAAUGGUAAAGAGGAUAAGAGGUGUAACAUUCUCAACCAAUGUAUCUCCAAAGAUUGUAACCCGUAUCUUCUAUGCUGCACGUGGACUCUUCAAUAAGUUCAUUCCGGAUGUUCAUAUCUUCACCGAUCAUAGAGCUGGUGGAUUGUCAGCAGGCUAUGGCGUAUCUGUAGUUGCUGAGACCACAACAGGCUGUCUGAUUUCCGCAGAUUCUACUGUGAGUUAUCCCAAUGUUGAUGAAAUGAGUGAACAAUCUGAGAAGCCUGAGAUAAUGACUCCAGAGGAUCUUGGUGAGCAAGUUGCAUCGAUGCUGCUAGAAGAGGUGGCUCAAGGAGGAGUUGUUGACUCAACACACCAGGAAGAUAAAUUGGCAAUUCUAGCACUUUUCCCCCUCGAGAUCACAGCAGGGGUUAUAGAGGCGGGGUGUCCCGAUCUUUCAAUGAGAUGAUAACUAUCGAUUUGGUGGAGACGACUUUGACGAUCGUGCGCGAGCUCUAGUAAUUGGUCCAGUAUGUAUAGCAGCAGGGCCUGAGGGUGUAACAAUUGUAUUGAUGUCCUCAUCAAGGGGGGAAUCCUUUCUUCCACUGUAUCAACUCAAAAGCCAGCCAUGAAAGCUGGAUAAGAAUUACAAAUUCAAACUGAACAUAGUAUGCAUGGAUGUAGUCCGUUAGAAUGAUUGUUUUAUCCAAGUUCUUCUGCCAACCUAGUCCUUGGUUCAUUUUGGCAAGAUGAUGUCUGAGACUGUGUCUGCCUUUCCUUCUAUGGCUCCUUUUGAAUCUUGCUUCUUCUGUUAAGUCACAUGAUGUUUCUCUUGUAAACAAU